UCCUUCGUGGAAUUAAUUAGAGCAUUACCGAGCAUUGCUUCACUUAUUUAAUAGCUAAUUAACCGUAACCCGAAGAAUUCAUUAAGCGAUAAAUUACCGAGAGAAAGUGCUCCGGUGCGGUUUAUCUCGUCUGACCCUCGCUGGAUUGCACGAAUGCCAGGAGGAUUACCAGAAAUAUUUUCAAACGCGAAUACUCCUCCUCGCUUUGGUGAUUCACCCUGAAAUCGAGAGAACGAGUACCGGGGAAAAAUAUUCCCGACCUUGUUAUGCAUUUCUUCCGGCAAAUCUGUUACUCAUCCAUCUCCGGAUGUUAUAUCACGUAAAUUUGACUCACAUUUCCUUCGUUGAUAAACGUAAUCGGCGGAACGUUUGACGUGUCGCCUUUAUGUUGCGUUAGAAAUAGGAAUAGGUUUUCUCUCUCGUGGUUCGUAGAGUGGAAGAAGCUGAUGAUGUGUUUCUUUACAUCAAAAUCCUUGGAAUGAUAAGAAAUUCAAUAUAACUUAACGGUGAAUUUUUCUUCCAAUCGUCGCGAAUUUUGGGUCGGUGCUGCCAUCUGUAUACCAGGAGAUUAAUCGCCAACUGGUGCACAAUCGUAGGAAGGGGCAUGGCCCCCUUCCAUGCUUCGACACUCCAUGCCCAAGCGACCGUGUAAAUGGCUGUUUGAAUUGAAAUAACGUAUUUUAUUUUUAUAUUCUGAUAUGUAUGGACUUGACGAUUCCAAUUGGAGGUAAAAGUGAUCGAGCGAUCAAUCAACUUAUGCUUGUUCUUUGACGUUUUUAAUUCCACACGAGUAAGUCAUUUAUUCACCAAGAUGGAAAAAUGGACACAAGUUGUCCUAGAGUGGAUAAAUUGUAUAGGCAUUUUGGAUGCUCCCAUUAAAGAUCUUCAAGAACUACAAUAUAGAACGUUUUAUGGGAAAAUACUUGAUUUAUUAUCGAAGAAGCAAGAGGAAGAGAAACUAACUGCACAAGAACGUGUCUUAAGGUUUAUCGAAGAUGAAUAUCCAGAUUAUGUGCACGAGGAUGGUAGCGGAGAAAGUAUUUUACCAGACAUUCAUAUAGCAUCCUUAUUAAUGCUCCGAGUAUCCCAAGAACCUAGUUUUCAUAGACCAAUGUGUAUCAAAUUGCAGCACGAAACACAAAUUAAAAUUAAAACAUUUCUUGAAGUAUGUCUUCCCUAUGGUAAAAAUAUUACAAGAGAAACAUUAAACUCCGCGAUAGCAGAACUUGAAGAUGCUCCUCCAAAAACUCCUACGAUGACACCAAAGGUGCGACCUUUAAGAGACUUCUUCAAUUCACCAGCAGCACAAUCUGCUAAGAGUCAAAGAUUUAUGAACGAACGGAAUCAAGAACUGAGACGGCUCAAAGCUGAAUUAGAACUAGAGCGAUUUGAAAAAAUUGAUUUGCAGGAGGACUUAAAAGUCCAACAAGACAAAAUAAACAAGUUACAGAAGAGACUUCAGGAAAAGUCUAAUGAAAUGAAGGCACUGCGCCAAGAAUGGACAAGACCGUCAACUCCACUCUGUUGUAAGAAAUGUAAUAAAUCUGUAGAGAAGGAAGAUAUGUAUCAGAAGCAGAUUCAUACAAUGGAGCAAUAUGCUACUCAACUGCAAUUAGAAAUUGACAAGUACGAAGAGGAGAAGGAGGCUCUAUCGAAACAAUUUGUUGCUACCAAGAGACAAUACUCCUCGUUUAAAGAUAAAUUUCAAGAAAGUGAGAAACAUGUGGCAACAUUAUCGAUUCAAGCUGCACUUAAGGACAGAGAAUUAUUUGAUCUCAGAAAAAUCAAUGAAGAAUUAAGAACUUACAUCAAUGAAAUGAACAAAGCUUCUUUUGAAGAACGGAGCUUCGAAGUGGAAAAUACUUCCAUGUCGGAGUUACCGCUGUUAUCUUUGGACACCAGUGAAGCAUUAAGUUCUGUAAUUGAUAUCCAACUCCAAGAAACUCGAGAGGAAUCGAACCAUUUAAAAACACAGUUGGAAUCAUUAAAUGUUAGAUUAAAGCUGACCGAAGAAGAGUGUGAAACUGUUAAGCAAAUGAAUGUUAUGCUUCAAGAAAAGGUAUCAUCAUUGAGCUCCGUCCAGCAAGAACUGAAGGAUACGCAGAAAAAGUUAUCUUCUGUAUGUGAAAAAGUAUGUGAUUUAGAACACAAGAAUAAAUCUUUGCAGGAUGAAUCUGAUAAACUGACAGAAGCACUGACUUUGAAGGAAGAAUCCCUGAUGCAAGCUAAACAAAAGGUGGAAGUUCUUAAUAUUACUUUAGAAAGUGUAACAACAAAAUUCAAUGAUACAGAAACAUCGUUACGUAUUCAGGAAAAUACAUCGUUAGCAUUAAAGGCUGAGCUUUCACAUGCUAAAGCACUUGAGUUGAAGAAAAUGGAAGAAAUUCAAAACCUUGAAAAAGAAAGAUCUUUUUCAGAAACAGUUAUGGAAAAUUGUAAAAAAAUUCUUGGAAGCUUCUUAAUACGAGGAUGCGAGUUGAUAGGAGAUAAUAUGAUUCAAUUGGAAAACCUGUCAAUUCUUGACCUGACCAGAUGUUGUGAAAAAUUAGUAGAUAAUUUCGGAUCCCUUUACGGUUCCAGUGUAUCCGAGAUAGAGACUUUAAACGCUAAAAUUGAAGAAAUGACAUUUACGAUAUCAAAACAACGAGCAGAUAUAGCUGCAUUAGAGAUUAAAGAGAAUGAAAAUGUACAACAAAAGGCAAAAAUUUCUGAGGAACUGAGAGAAGCUAAUCUCAAAAUCAAAGACAUGGAAAAUAGGCUAAAAGAAUAUUUAGAAAGAGUGUCUUAUUUGCAAGAAGUUGCAAAGGAAAAGGACCUAAUAGAAGAGCAUUUACAAAAAAUGCAGGCAGAGUUACAAGAUAGAGAUUCGCGAAUAGAAUGUUUAAUGAAUCAGGUAAAAGAACUGGAAACCAGUACAGCGAUUUUGGUGAAUAACUUGGAAACAUCGAAACAAGCCUUUGCAGAAUUAAACUUGCAGCAAGAACAGAAUGAGGAGACUAUUAAAAGGUUAUCCGAAGAAUAUCAGCAACUCGACAGGGAAUUAAAAAAUGCAGAGUCCGAUAAAGCUCAAUUAAUCAGUCAAAUAAAUUGCAAGGAAAAAGAUUUAGAAAUUCUGGUAACCACUACAAAAUAUUUGGAAGAAAAAAUUUCCACCGAUCAACAAAUAAGAAACGAUUUGGAAAAUAAGGUAUCUGUGUUAAAAGAAGAUUUGAAUCGAAGCAUUAAAAAUCUCCAGGAAUUACAAGAUGCGAAAAAAGUAAUGGAAAUGGAACAGGUUACAGAAAUUUCUGAAAUGAAAAGCAAAAUAACAAAUUUGCAAUCUCAACUGUCGAAUGUUACUUUAAAUCUGGAGAGUACAGGAAAGGAAUACAGUUUGUUACAUGAAAAAGAAAAAUCCAUAUCAAAAGAAUAUGAAGAAAAAUGCAAAUAUAUCGACGCAUUAAUUUUGGAGACAAAUCUGCUUAAAUCAGAGAAUGAAAAUCUCCAUAUUACGCAGACACAAAAAGAGAACGAAGCAAAAAAUUUGAUUGAGUCCCUGCAGAUUCAAUUGAAUAAUUCUCAAGAUGCUUUGAACCGAUUAAAUGAAGAGUUGAUAUCAAAGGAAAAUUCCUUGCAAGAACUGCAGUCCAAAAUCGAUCUAACAAUUGAAGAGAAGCUCGACUCUGAAAAAAAAAUGAAGGAAAUUAUUGCAAACCUGCAGGAAGUUAGGAAAAGUCAGGAUGCCGUUUUGGAAACGCAAGCAAUGGCCUUGAAGGAAAAGACUUUGCACGUAGAAGAUCUUGAAAAGCAAUUUGAGGAUUCUAAAAGCCUACUGUCUCUUCAAGCCGAGAAAGAGAAACUAGCGCGCUACGACAUAGAAGCAAAGUACAGAACUUUGGAAAUCGAUUACCAUUCCCAAAUAAAAAAAGGUACAGAAGCUGCAGAAUCUUUACGGGUUCUUACAGAAAAGUUGAAUGAAACUUCCGUGAAGUGUGCGAACGCCGAAUUAGACGCGUCCAAAAUUGUUUGUAUGUGCGAGAAUUUAAUAUAUACUGCCGCGAAAGACUUGAAUGGUACGAUUGCAGAAUUGUGUCCUACUUUAGAUCUAGAUGGAAAUUCUGAAGAUAGUGAGACUUUCGACAAAGAUGCCUUUAAUUGUGCCAUAAACAAAAACCUUUCCGAAAUAUUGUGCUUUAUUAACGUGCAGAUCAGAGCAGCAAGGGAAGCCGCGUUACAGUUGUCGUCGUCUAAGGCAAAUCUGGAGAAAGCCCUUCGAAAAGAAAAAGUCACAAGUGAGAAGGUUUCAACAGUGGAGAAUCUUAAUGCCGAAUUAAGGAGCAAGAUCAAAGAACUUGCUCUAGCGCAAGGUAAAGCCAAAGAGUAUCGAUUCAACUUGCUGAAGAAGCUGGAAACCUUGACAGAAUUACUAUCAGAAGCUCUGACCUUGAGAGAAACACUGCAUUCAGAAUUAACUAAUCUACGUCUCGACUGGACACGAGCAUUGAAUAAAUGCAAAGAUAUUUUAAUCGAAGACAAUUCCAUGUGCGACGAACUCAAGCAGCUGCAAGUCAAGAAAAAGGAAUUAGAAAAUAUCUUUGAUAAUGUAGACAACCGGCGUCUGCAAGAAUUGCCAUCGAUAAUGAAAGUAUCAUGGCAAACGAUUUUCUGGAUGAAACAAAAAUUAAACGAAGAACCCGAUACAUUGGAAGAAAAGAAAAGACAGAAAGAUAUCGAUCAGGUAACUUUUGCUAACGAAGAAGCAAUUGUCAAAGCAGACAUUGAAAACAGUAAAACUCUACAAAAGGAAAUUUCUGAGGCUUGGAAAGGAGUAGAUUCUUUCUCGAAAUUAGCUGAUUCUUACGAGACGAGUUAUCGAGCUGGUGAAAUUAAGCUCGAACCAAAGAUCGAAGAAAAGCUGCAACUGCAGAUCGAUCGACUGAUGAAGGAGAAGAAAGAGCUGAAGGACAAACUCGACUUGACGCGAAUAAGGAAUGCUAAACUAGAAAAAAAUCUGGACGAUCUUCGCGGUGAAAUCAAGAAGCAUAAGGAAGAUGUUUUCUCAUCGACUGCGAACGAAGUAGAAAAUCUGAAGCAGCAGAUAGAGAGGUUCCUGAAGGAGAAUGAAAGUUUGAAAGAAGAAAAGCAGGAAUUUUUAGUCAAGGAAUCGAAGUACAAGGCGAAUUUGGAUGCUCGAAUUAAGGAAGUACAUAACGAGUAUGAAAUCAAGCUAAAAGGGAUUAAAGAAAAAAUGAAAAUUGCGUACAACGAUCAAGUAGCAAAACUAAACAAAGAGCACGAAAAGGCUGCUCAGAAAUUGCAGGGUGUACAUACCACGAUGGAGCAGCAGUGUCGCAAGCACACGGAAGAAAUUGCGAAGUACAAAACUCAUCUCAACAGUCUUAAUACCGAAUUGUGGGAUGUCGGAGACAAGCUCCUCUUUGAGAAACAAAAAAAAGAAGAAGCCUUGCAAGAGCUACGAUUGCUGAAAGAUGAAUUGUACAGAUUGAAUGAAAGAAGCGAGACUAACCGACAGUCGAUUCGUUCCAUGCUACCGAGUAAGACUUCCAGCUUGGAUAGAAGAGACUUCUCUUUGGACCGCUUGGAACGUGGAUCAAGACAAGCCACUUGUUCUAGAGUCGAAGUGAUCGAAGAAGAGGCUACUUAUGCCAGGCGUCACAGCGUCCGAAGUAUUCAGACUCUGGGAAACGCGUUCAAAGCAGAAGACGAGGAAGGCGAGGUUUUCGAUAGCAUCUAUUUAGCCGAUCUGAAGGAAGGUAGAUGUUUGCCCGUUAACGACGUGGACAGAAUGUCUGUCCUACAAAAGAGGAACUCGCUCUGCAAGCCACAUCUGAAAUCCUCCUAUCCUGCAGAGACCCAAUUUCAUCCUUUAGGACUCACAGAGGAUGAAAUUAAGGGCAGUGCUGUGUCCGAGGAUGUGUUCAACGAUAGUCUCAGUCAAAGCCUCUUGCCAGGUCAAAAGCCGAAAAAGAAGGACCGGACUCAGACGUCUUACAAGAAACCUGGACCUCCUACACCGAGUAAGAACGGUGGAAGAUUAUCGCUCCAGGGCAAUGAACUACGGAGUCCCAAUUCAAGGAUCUUAAGGGAGAGAAAUGCGGAAAGAACUACGGCGACUCCACGGCGAUUAAAGGAAUUAUUCAGCACUUCGCUUUCAAGGCGACAUGACGAGAAUGUUGCAGGUACACCAAGAAGUCGAGGAUUCGUCAAGCUUUUCCGAAAGCAGAGAAGUUCGACCGAUAAAAGUUAGGUUUACUUUUGGAGAACGUAGAGUUUUUACGAGGAACAACGUGUACAUACCGAGA